CACACACCCCUUGCUCACCUUAUAACCCUCAAUUCCUCCCCCCUUCGAUCUCUCCUUCUAUUCUUCACUCCUCAGCCUUUUUGGAUCACGGCCUUUGCCUUCUGUCACUCCUUCACAGCACUACGCUGAUAACACUCUCUUGAACCAACUUACCUUACAAUCCUUAUAAAGGCAAAAGGAAGUAUUCCGGAAAUACAACCGAUUACCAAAAGGCGUCACUCGUCCAACACUAUAUACACAAAUCAGUCAAAAUGAAGGUCUCUUCUUCCGUUGUCAUUCUGGCCGCCGCCCUCGGCGUCUCUGCCCACCCCAGCGGCCACGCUCACCAGCGUGCUCACGCCAAGCGCGACUUCGUCGUUGCCAACAAGCCCGUCACUGUUGUUGAGUACGCUACUCAGGUCGUCACCGCUGACGCCGCCCCUGCUACCGCUGUCCCCGAGGCUCCCGCCUCUCCCAAGGUCGACGCCGACACCGUCCCCAAGGCUGCCGCCAGCGGUCCCGCCCCUGCUGCUUCCGCUCCUGCCAAGUCCAACAAGAACAAGGGCAAGAAGCACAACUCCAGCUCCGGUUCCGGUUACAAGCCUUUCUGCGGUGGCAAGAAGGCCAAGCGCGCCACUCUUGAGGAUAUUGCUGCCAAGGGCAACACUGGUGUUCCCGGUGACUUUGGCUGCAACAUGAUGACUGUCGAUGAGGAUGUCGCCGACAAGUACGACUACACUACCACCUUCAAAAACGACCACGACGAAGAUAGGGAGUGUGUUUGCUUCAACAAGAUCGGGCCUAAUGGCUUGAUCGACGGUUUCUUCGCCAAGAACGUUGCCUUGACCUUCACUGUUCCCGCCUCUAGCUCACAGGUCGUUGCUUUCGACUCUGACUCCCAGGGCGGUUGCGCUUGUGCCAGCAACAAGGUUCCCACCACUUCGGACGGCCAGUGGGCCAGUACUUGGCUCGAGUUCGACUUCGGCAGCGAGCGAAACAAGAACUGGUCAGGCGCUGACGCCUCUUGCCUUGUCUCCGCCGCCAAGAACCUUAACAUCCCCGGUCUUCGAGUCUGCGACUCUGAUAACACUUGCUCUACCAUCAACCCCGGUGGCACUGGCAAGAACGCCUACCUCGGUGGCAUGGAGGCUGAAGACGGCAUUGGUAUCAACACUCCUGCCAAGCAGGUCCGCCUCACCGUUGACAUUGACUACUCCGGUUAAGCUAUAUCAUAGCCUGUGGUUUAGUUCAUUUGAGGGCUACACCUCUGCGUAAAACUUGAUUUUAUAGAAUUGGGCUUAUUCUAUCUAUACCUACCUGGUGUUUACGGUGCUCGGAAUUUAGCUAUCCAGGGCGACCCUGGAUCUUGGCUUUGGGAUCUAUCUAUUAUACCUUCUAACAUAUAUAUAUUCAUAGUGUUAUGACAUAUAUUCAUUUCUCCUG